UGACGGGGGAGGGUGUGCGCACAUCUCCCAGUGUCUGUAAACUGAAUUACACACACCAAACCCCGAAAAUAUGUAAAUAACCAGUGAAAACCAUUAACUAAACCAUGUAGGGCCUAAAUAACCAUCUCUUUUUGCCGAGGGGAAAGUGAUAUAAUAAAAACCAAUGGAACCUGCUAUAUAAGUAAACCCGCCAGGCAGCGAAUAAUGAGAUAUCAAUAAUGUGAUAUCAACAAAACCUCUGGAGACAGAACAAAGCCUAACAAUCAGUUGGAACUGACGGGAUAUAAGAUAUAUACAGUAUAUAUCUCUAUAUAUACCUAUAUAUAUCUAUAAAUACAUAUAUAUGGCGUCUCGCGCGGCUUUGACAUCAUCGCCUGAUAGCAGAAGAAAGAAGAGGAAGUCACCAGCGACUUCUUGAUGUCCAUGGAAAUAGCCAAGGACAAUCAGACGUAUCAAAUUGACAGCCAACUUCGGAUUUGUACCUACGAGACCUACGAACGGUUUCGGCGCCACUACUUCUGCGGUCAGCACGAAUACUGCUGUUCACUAGGCUGCUGCGUCUCUACAGCUUUCUCCUUCUACCAGUUGUGGUAUUUCUGGUUGUUGCUGCUACUGAUUAUCCUCCUGUGCUCUGGAGGCGGGUGGUGGUUCAGGUGGCGUCAUGGUGGCUUCAGCAACCAGAACACGCCCACCAGCCUCCUCGCACGACGGCAGAGGAGGAUUCGAACCCACGGUCACAACGCUAUUAACGUCUACCCGCACCCCCAUACAUUCUACGGUGGCAGGGUAGCGGGCCAGCAUGAGUAUCAUCUGCCGCCCGGUUAUGAUAAGGACCCUCCGUCCUACAAUGAGGUCAUCAACCACCUGAGCCUAUUCCCCAGGGCUGAUGCUGUCCGCAGAGAAGCUGGAGACCAAAGUGGCGGUGGAGGAGGGGCCGGACACUCAUCCUUCGAUGAGUGCCACUUGUCUCUUCCUCCACCUAGCUACGAGAUGGUCCUCGACUUGAAGCGACGCGAGAUGCAGUUCCAGCGCGAGAUGGGCGACGAGGAGGAACAGACGCCAAGAGUCCACAGCGCAAGAAGUAGGAUUAGGAGACUCUUAGGUAAGAUGCGAACUCUUGGGAACAACCAGAACGAUUCACCGGCUCUUGAUGACUUCACGCCUCCCGAAGACUCUUAUUCAUCUGCCGUGCCGCCUGCAGGGUUAUUCACCAUCAGUAGAGAGUCACUCCCCUCGCAGGAAUUUUAUCUCCAGCCUUCGACAUCGUCAGGACCUUCCAAUUCCUCAGGUCCUUCUGAGAGCAGUCAUUUAACAUCAGAUUCGGAUACCUCGUCUCACUCCGAUUUCUCCGUCCAAUCAUUCAUCCUGAACCCUUCACCAUCCAGGAGAUCCAUGGAAUCGUCUCCAGCACAUCUUCAAGAAUAUAUUCCUAGUGCUCCCUCUGCCAUUCAGGUACUCACUCCAGCACAUCAUUACCCAGAAUACAUUUCCAGCGCCUCUUCGGCUAUGCAAGUCGCCAUUCCAAUGCCACAGGAGCCCGAAAUCGCCGAAGAAUUCGAGCCGCUGGAACAUGCUGGUACUAACAGACCGUGUACUGGAAGGUCCGUGCUGUCCAGGCCCACGACGUCCAUCAGCACAAGAACCCUUACACCUCCUAGAGAAGUUGUGAGGAAGACCAGCCUGCCAGGGACGGUAUUGGAAGCCGAGGAGGAGAUCAGGAGUGACAGGUGAGGCUACAGGCCUUCUACAUAUACACACAAGCACAGCUGUGAUUGCAAUCAUCUAUCCACCUUUCUUAUCUUUUUAUACCCCAUGUACCGAAGCUGAUAUCACCUAUAGCUACUAUGAAUCGAAUCUACACAAUUUGUAUAAACUGUAUUCUCAUCAUUCUAAUCGAAUAUGUUUUGCUAUUAUAAGUCUCACCGCUCUAUGUGUAUGUACGCUAUGCAACCCAUUCUCAGAAUUGUUAGUACGGUUUAAUACUAAGUGUAAUAAGUACAUUCCCUUACUGUCAUACAUAGUACAUAAGUGCACUUAAGGGACUGUUAACGGGCUGAUGCUAUAAGACUCACGGCUGUACAGCUGUCCACUUCAGCUACUCCUGCAAUGAUUUGUACGAAUCCACUUACGAAUACAACUAAAUAAAAACCACAACAACUUAACUUGUCCUGGACCUAAAUAAACAAUCCUAGGCCUAACUUGCGCAAUCUUAGGACUUAUAAUAUAUA